AGGCGAGUCGCGGCCGCAAAGCUGCGCCGCUGCGGGCCGCGGCCAUGCCCAAGCGGGGCUGCCCCUUCGCGGACGCGGCCCCGCUGCAGCUCAAGGUGCGUGUGACCCGGAGGGAGCUGAGUCGCGGCGUGUGCGCCGAGCGCCUCACGCGGGAGAUCUUCGAGAAGACCACGCAGCUCCUCUUCCGCGGGGCCCAGGCCUGCAUGGACCCCGCGUGGGAGGAAGCCUGCGCCAUCGUCGACACUCCGGAGUCCCCGAAGCCUGGCCCCACAGAAGCCCCUCGGGCCGCGCGCGGGCAGAUGCUGAUCGGGCCUGACGGCCGACUGACCAGGAGUCGAGCCCAGGCCUCCGAAGCUGACCCAGCCAUGGCGGCAUCGGGAGCCUGCUCGUCGUGCGUGCGGGCUGUGGACGGGAAGGCGGCGUGCGGCCAGUGCGAGCGGGCCCUGUGUGGGCGCUGUGUGCGCACCUGCUGCGGCUGUGGGGCAGUGGCCUGCGCCCUGUGUGCCCUCGUGGAGUGA